AUGUUCUCGUUUUGCCUUUUUUAUGCACAUGGCAAGUUUGGCGUGACUUUAUUUUUUUGGUUUUCGAUAUUUGUAGAAGUGAAUCAGAAGAACAAACGAAAAAUGUCAAAUGCCGAGAAGCUUGCAGCUGAAUUUGAAAAAGGCGAAACGAAUCUUGACAAAUUUGGCAAAGGUGCUGGUAAAAGAACAAAGGCUGAACAGUAUGAACAUAAGCACUCGCAUCCAGAAGGUGAUACCAGGAAAAUAGUUAAUUAUUGUGUUAGCGGUCAGGAAAAAAGAAAGGGAACUACUAGCACAGGUAGCACAGCGAAGAAAGACUAA